CGCCGCUGGGGGAGGCUCCGGGGGGCGCCGCGGCGGAGCCGGUGCCGUGUCCGCGAUCCGGUGCCCGGCCCCGCGGCUGCGCAGCGCCGCCUCGUCCCCGCCGACACCGACACCGCCGCCGCCACCGCCACACAAACACCACCGCCCCGGGGCGGGCCGUGCCGCCGGGUGGAUGCCCAGCGCCUGCCCGCCGCCGCCUGGCGCCUAGCGGGCACCGCCGGGGCGGGGACGCGGGGACGCCAUGGGCUGCUGCAGCUCCGCCGCGCAGAGCUCCAAGCGAGAGUGGAAGCCUCUGGAGGACCACAGCUGCACAGAUGUACCAUGGCUGCUCUUGUUCAUCCUCUUCUGCGUAGGAAUGGGUUUUAUCUGUGGCUUUUCAAUAGCUACAGGAGCAGCUGCAAGACUGCUUUCAGGAUAUGACAGUUAUGGAAAUAUCUGUGGACAGAAAAAUGUCAAGGUGGAGGGAAUAGUCAACAGUGGUCUGGACCUCACACAGAAGAAGUAUGUGUUCUUUUUGGAUCCGUGCAACAUUGAUCUAGUACAUCAGAAGAUCAAAUCUCUUGCUUUGUGUGUAUCAGCUUGCCCAAGGAAAGAACUAAAGACUCUGGCUGAUGUUCAGAAAUUUGCAGAAACUAAUGGAUCCACUCUGUGUAGCUAUGAACUACAGCCAUCAGAAUACACUACAGAUCCAAGGGCUGCCAAGUUAUGUCCUAAAUACCCUGUUCCAGAGAGUGCACCUAUUCCAUUCUUCCAUCGCUGUGCUCCUGUGAACAUUUCCUGCUAUGCCAAGUUUGCAGAGGCCCUGAUCACCUUUGUCAGUGACAGUAGUGUCUUACACAGGCUGAUUAGUGGAGUUAUGACCAGCAAAGAGAUUAUAAUGGGACUUUGCUUGUUAUCACUAGUGUUGUCCAUGAUUUUGAUGGUCAUAAUCAGGUACAUUUCAAGAGUACUUGUCUGGAUUUUAACAAUUAUUGUCAUUCUGGGAUCACUUGGUGGUACAGGAGUCCUGUGGUGGCUCUAUGCUAAGCAACGAAUAUCUGCCAGUGAUGUUGAGACUCAAAUAGCCAAAGAAAAUCUUCAGGCUCUCCUGGUCUAUGCCAUUUCAGCUACAGUCUUCACAGUUAUAUUGUUCUUGAUAAUGCUAAUUAUGCGCAAACGAGUAGCUCUCACCAUUGCCUUGUUCCAUGUGGCCGGCAAGGUCUUCAUUCACUUGCCGCUGCUAGUCUUCCAGCCAUUUUGGACAUUCUUUGUGCUUAUCCUCUUCUGGACAUACUGGAUCACAGUCCUGCUUUUCCUUGGUACUACAGGUAAUCCUGUCCCAAAUGAAGAAGGAUUUGUUGAAUUUCGGAUGGUAGGCCCUCUGAAAUACAUGUGGUGGUACCAUGUAGUGGGACUGAUCUGGAUCAGUGAGUUUAUCUUAGCCUGUCAGCAGAUGACAGUAGCUGGAGCUGUUGUGACAUACUACUUCACAAGGGAGAAAAGGAACCUGCCAUUUACUCCUAUCCUGGCAUCUGUUAAUCGCCUUGUUUGUUACCAUCUAGGAACGGUAGCAAAGGGGUCUUUCAUUAUCACAUUAGUGAAGAUACCACGAAUGAUUCUUAUGUAUAUCCAUACACAACUCAAAGGAAAAGAAAAUGCUUGUGCUCGCUGUAUGCUUAAAGCUUGCAUCUGCUGCCUUUGGUGUCUAGAAAAGUGCCUGACCUACUUAAAUCAGAAUGCAUACACAGCCACAGCUAUCAACAGCACCAACUUCUGCACCUCAGCAAAGGAUGCCUUUGUUAUUCUAGUGGAGAAUGCUUUGCGAGUGGCUGCCAUAAACACUGUUGGGGAUUUUAUGUUGUUUCUGGGAAAGGUCCUGAUUGUCUGCAGUACAGGUUUGGCUGGGAUUAUGUUGCUGAAUUACCAACGAGAUUACACUGUCUGGGUGUUGCCUCUCAUCAUUGUCUGCCUCUUUGCGUUCCUGGUUGCUCACUGCUUCCUUUCCAUUUACGAAAUGGUCGUUGAUGUCCUUUUCUUAUGUUUUGCCAUCGAUACAAAAUACAAUGAUGGAAGCCCUGGGAGGGAAUUCUACAUGGAUAAAGUUCUCAUGGAGUUUGUGGAGAAUAGUAGGAAAUCUAUGAAGGAAGCUGGCCGGGGAGGUGGAGCUGAGGGCAGAGAGCUAAAACCAAUGGCCUCUGGAGCAAGUUCAUCUUGAAACUAGCCAGCCAUAUUGGAACCCAUUGACAUUCCAAAACAAAAUAUAUAUAUACAUAUAUACAUACAUAUAUAUAUAUAUAUAUAAAAUAAACAGCCAAAAUCAGAGAAAAGGAACAGGGAUUUAAUACUUUUUUUAACAAUUAUUUUUGUGAAACAUGUACUCUUUUCAUACGGGUGGCUUUUACAAGCAGCUUUAUCAUUGUUCCAUUUUUUAAAAAUUAUUCAUUGAAGUCAUGGAAAUGUUGAUUCUUAUCUGCUUGAUAUUUUACAAUCUGGAGGAAGCAUUGUAAAGAUAAUCUGAAAUGAUGAUUGCGUUUAGGGACAGAUUUCCCAUGACACGGCUAAUCUGCUAAGUGUUUUAUUUGUUUAAUUUGUUUAAAUUUGCAUUAAAUUUAGGACAGCCACAUGUGAGGAAAACCUUCAAAUCAAGACAAGUCUUAAAUUUAGGUUUUUAAAAGGUAGUUUCAGUGUGAGUUAAUUCAGUUCUAACUGGUUUGUAAGCAGUCAUUUUAUUUCAUAGCCCUGGUAGGGCACAGUUUUGUUUGUCAGUAUCAGAUAUCACAAUAACCAACUCCUCAGGUAUUCAGGUGUGUGGGAGCCCUUGCAUCUCCUAUUCAACAGAAACUAUAAAAUGGGGAAUAAUAAUUUUUAUAUGCAAUCUACUUCCUGUUUUACCUUACUUACCCUCUUACCCAUUCUCCCCUAUCCUCCCCUUGAGUUCAGUAGCCUCCUUCAAACUUCAGCAGUGCUCCUUUAAGGGUAUGGAUUCUUCAUAUGAGCAAUUCAGAUAACAGAUUAUUAAAGCUCAGUCUUAGCCAUACUCAUGAUUAUUUCAUGACUAGAUAUAAAGAUGCUGAGGAUGGGAAAAGAAAUGAACUGUCUUACUGUACAAAAAAGUACUGUAUGUUUCAUUUCAUUUAAUGUCAGGGAGGUCUGGGAUGUGGAAGGGACCAUUCCUUGCCUGUUUUUUCAUCCAUAUUUCUAUGUACUUUAGCAGGUGGUUAUAACAGAAAAGGUCAGAGAAACAUUUCUUUGGAAGUGUAACUGCCAGGAUAGUUAUGUAAAGUCAUCAAAUAAUGAUAAGAGAACGUGUUUUUUGUUUUGUUUUUGUUUUAAAAAGAAAGAUUAUUAUGAUUCUGAGAUAUUUGCAUUUUUUCAGUCUGGAAGUUCACCAGAUAUGAAUGCUACUAUUGAAUUGUUCAGCAUAUUGUAAUGGUAAAUGCUUAGAAGUGUAUUGCUAAGAAUUCAUGAUCUGUCAAUGCUAUAUACUCCUUUUGUUACAAUUUUUUUAAGAAAACUAUUUUUGUUAAUGUAAAGUUAAUAUUUCAGAGCAGAAUUUUUAAACUUAUUGCACUAAAUAUAAGCUCUGUACAAAUAAGUAAUGCCUCAAUGGUUUGAUCACUCCAUUCAAGAAAAUCUUUUGAAAGAUAAAAGUCCUUCUGUAGAAGCUCUACAAUGGAGUGGAGAGGUAUGUCUAGGUAAAGAAAUGCACAACUCAUAUUAUUGUGGUUUAAUAAGUAAGCAGUUCUCUGUGCUUCCUUUCAGAGGAUCAGACUUUUAAAUUGCUGCUGAGGGUUUAAAAAGAUAGAGUAUCGUGUAACUAAUCAGUGCUCUUACCUUUUAGCAAUAGUGGAAUAUUUCACUUUUGCUUCUGUAAGUCAUUUGAUUCUUAGAUUUGCUUAGUUUUCUUUCAGUAAGCCAAUUAAUAAAAAGAUUUUCUGUUUUCAUAUCACAGAAACCAAACUGUAUGAGAAGUAAGAAAAUAAAAGUACAUUUAGAAAUGCUAUCUGGGGGGGAGGCAGGGAGACAGAAUUAUCCAGUCUUGCAAGCAUUAGACACUUGUUUAUCUGAACCAUAUCAGUAACUCCACUGACAUCAGGAGGGCUCUCUUACAUAGGGAAAUUGUAAGUUAUACAUCUGUGCAUAUGUGUAUGUUAACUGGACUAGAACUUCAACCUAGGAUUCAAACUGGAGCACUGUCGAGGCCUCUCAAUGUGAGUUAGAGGUCAGGCUAUCUAGAAGAAGCAGUUGCACUGAACACUGAUAUUCGUGUAGAUCAGUGGGGUUUAGCAACAAAAAUUUUAAAACUGGCUCAGAUGAGUCCUAGAAACUGGAUUCCAAGGCUAAGAGACUUAUCACAUACGCAGUUGCUUCCAGAGAAACUGUAAUUUCUGUCUUGUUUGGAAAUUAUUGGAGGUGCUUUGAUCGAAGCCUUGGAUUCUACUCAUUUUGACAACAAAUACCUGCCGUGACAAGUUCUGCAAGUUUGUGCUCUCUGCUCACUCGAAGUGGGAGCUUUUCUCUGCAAUCACAACUAGGACUGCAAUUGGAAACAAAUUUUGUAUUUUUGUAUGACUUGACUGUGCACCAUUUUUAUAGCAGUUUAUCCUGUUUUAAAAAUAAAUUUGUUUUAUUUACAUGGUGUUUAAAAGGUACAGGCAACACUUUUCUAUGGGUAGCUGUAAUGUUUAAGUGACAAAUCUAUAUCACUACAGAGUUCUUAAUAAAAUCAUAUGCACCAUUCUUGAGUGUGUAUCCGGCAUGCAGAGCUUUUCAGUCAUGCCAAAAUGCAUUCCAUCCACAUGCAGCCUUUCCCGUGGCCCUUUAAAGCUUUUGAAUGUUCUUUGAAGUUCAUUUGCAGCCAGACUACAAGCUGCCCUCUUCCAGUGCGGUCUUGUGCAAGGAGAUAAGUAAAAGACUGGAGUCUAAAGAGACAAUUUUCAGGACAAAUUUAGCCUCUGCUUUCCUCCCCUAGUGGAGGUAGUGGAGAACAUUUGACAUGUAAAUCCCUAGUUGGCAGUAGAGUUGCUGGGGACUGCCAAUUGUGAUGGAUUAAAUAUUCUUUUUGCCAGCUGGUUAUCAAGGCCAGUAUAUGGACUGCUUUUUGGGAAGCAGUCUAGACCAACUAGUGUGGUGCUGCACUGGGAAUAACACUGCAGGAGGAGCAGAUGAGGCAGCUGAGAUACAGAAAUCAUCUCCUUGGAAAGUCCACUGAAUCAAACAGUGCUUGAGGACUGGUGCUUCAGGCUGGACAAUCUGGGUUUAAAAACCAAGCCAAUAUGAUUACUGGUUCCCAGCAUUUGUUUUUUGCAGCCAGUCUGUACCAUAGCCUCUGAUCAGCUAGGCUUCAAAGGAAAAAAGCAUGCCAUUCUUUUUAAUUGUUUAUUUUUUCACGUUAUAUUACCUUCCUUUUUGUUUUUGGAAGCUAAGCAACAUGUUAUUGCUUCUUUCAGCCCUAGAGAAUAUUUGUUCUUUUAGCUCUCAUUUCUGUAUUGCUCUUUCAGCAAAGGAGUGCCAAGCGGUCAAGUGUCAGCUCCCCUUGUCCCACCGAUCUUAGCACAUGCCUUCUCACCUUCCCAAGGCAAUGAUUCAGGAUAUCACCUGGACCGAAUGGGAGGGGGUGUAGGUGCAGAGCUGAAGUUCUGAGAUGGUUUUGGUUUUUUUUUGUGUGCGUGUGAUACCACUCCAUCACGAUGCUUGCUGUGAUUAGGAGUGCAACCCAUCAUUUCUACGAUGUCGGUGCUGCUCCGCAGCUAGACAAAGCAUGUGGUAUGGCCAGUUUAGAUCUGCAUCUUCAGCCUUCCAUUAGCUUACGUUCACGCUCCCAGCUGCCAAAAACAGGAUUGGAUUUUAUAUGUGGCCUUAGCUUGGCAUGGUAACCCAAGGACUUUCUGCGUUAGGAAAGCGUGUCCUAGAAGGGACAACCUGAAGUGGAAAACCAAGUACAUGUUGUGGUGGGUUGACCCUGGCUGGCAGGUAAGCCCCUACUCAGUCCCUUGCUCCCUCCCUCCCAGGAGCACUGGGGAGAGAAUCAAAAGGGCAAAAGCAAGAAAACUGUUGUGGGUUGUGGUAAAGACAGCUCGUUAAAUUAAAGGAAAAAAAUCAAGAGAAGAAAGACAACACCAACCAAGUGAUGCAAAGGCCAUCACGCACCACCUCCCACCAGCAGACCGAUGCCCAGCCACUCUCUGAGCAAUGGCUACUCUGGAAAACUAUCUCCCUCACUCCAGUCUUAUUGCUGAGCACGGCGUUACAUGGUACGGGGGAGGUUUCUGUGGCUUCUUCGGGCCAGCCGUCCUGGCUGUGUCCUCUCCCAGCCUCUUGCCUGCUUUGUGGGGAGGGCAGGGGGGGAAACGAGAAGGCCUUGUCCCUGUGUGAGCACUGCUCAGCAAUGGGUAAGGCACCAGCGUGUUUUGGUCACGGAUCUAAAACACAGCACCGAGCGGGCUCCUGUGAAGACAGUUAUCUCCAUCCCAGCCAGUCCCAGUGCACAGGUCCACUUACCCAGUAGUUAAUCCAAGACUCACUUUCCACGUUUCUGUACAGCACCUUCUCAGGGUGGUUACUUCUUUCUGAAAGGGCUUUUUUCAGAGUAGGCGAUUAGCCUGCUCCACAGUGCUCCCUUUUAGGGAGGGAGCAGGGUAUGCUGACUCUUACUCUUUCAGCACAAAAUGGGGAUGUAAAGCAGAAAUGAGCCCUGUCUGUAUCAGCGUUCUGGCAACUGAGCAGCCAGCGCUGGAGACAACAUAUUUAAUGUGCCCUCAGGGCCUGCACUUUAGUGGUUUGCUCUGAGUAGUUAUGAUGUAUUCUAUGAAUGUAUGUUACAGAGUCAGAAUAAAAUGCAUGUAGCAGACAUAUACUCAUCAUCAUCAUCCAGUGAUCAUUUGGUUCUGAAUGCGUAUUACAUGCUGUAUUGAACAUAGCAUAGUCAUUUUAAGAAACACUAGAGAUUAAAAGUAGAUACCUUACAGUGCACAUCCCGGUUUUGUAAAUCAUGGCUUUGCCUGUGCAGAUACUGUUUACUAAAUCUAAACAGCUCAAGUCCAUUGUUUCUUGAACAGCUUGCGUGUCCCAUUAUCACUACAGAAAUCCUAUUUCAUCUUUGUGGAAAAAAAUCCAACAACUCCUUCCCAAAGGAGGAAACUCCUUCCCCUCUGUGGGAGAAAAAAACAAAAAACACCACUGUUUCACAAAACAAAACCCAACAGACUUACCUGAAGCAUUUCUUGCACUCAGCUUGUUUGUUGGGAUGAUGGAAGUUUACUCUAAAUAUUUAAUUUUUCAGUGCUCUUCCAACUAUUUCACCUCUGCUGUUAUUUCCAUCACAUUGCAAGAGAGAUAAUGGAGAUUAGUAACUUUGUAUUUCUUGUGCUCUGUAGCAAAUACUGUUCUCAAGAUAUAUUUUUUCUUUUAUAUGUAGAGAGAUGAGGGAGGAGAGAAAACUCCUCUCUUCCGAUGUGGGUUGUGUAUGGAAGGCAGAAUUUCUGGUCUAGGAUGGAACUGUUGGGGUAUCUUGCAGUGUUUGCAAGCUGAUGCAACCAAGCCAAAGCUCUUCAGAGACAUUAGGAUUAUGAAAAUAUUUCCAGGGAUAAUAGGUAGCAUGAAUCCAUCUAAAAAUACCCAUUUGGAGGCUAAAAUACUUGGCAUUCAUUUGAGAGAAAUCAGCUAAAACAGAACUAUCAGAAAACUAACAAACACCAUCAGAUUCUACUCCCCUGUCUCGCUGAAGCAGUGAUGUGAUGUGUGAAUAUGCUGAGAAGCAUUUGGUACUUUUCUGUAGAAGUGUAGGGCUCCCUGUAGAAUCAAAGUUGCAAGAAUUUGGAGCAAAAGUUCUAGCUAACCAGCAGAAUUAGCUUGAUUUCAGUGACUUUAAAGACAGCUCUGGCAUCUCUGUGUGUGUGUUGGAACAUCCUGGUAGCAUUGGGGGUUACCAUUCCUCAAGUGUGCCACCUCUCCCCUCUGGCUUGAGUGAAAUAUGCGCAGGUAAGGACUAUUUCAGAAGGAUGUAGUGUGGUUAUGAAGCUGAAUUACUCCUGAAAUCCAGCAGAAGUUAGGCACUGACUGGAGUUCCUGUGAAAGUCAUAAAUUGUAACUUUCAAAUAAAUACUGUAUGUGCUCCAGUGUUGGUAUUGGAUGGGUCCGUCCCUGCUCAGACUGAAAAAGGAGAAUGUCUCUCAUUAGAAAAAUACUGCAGCAGACAGCGAGGUCGUCUGUGUGAAGGGGGUGAGUGAAGAGAACACAAAAAAGGGUGUUUUGUUUCCAAUACAGUCAAGAGAGCAACUGCCAGAGGGUGGGUGGAGCCAUGGAGAGCAGAAUUUCAGAGGUAGAAAAUAUUUCCCAGGAUCUUCACAGUAGUUAAGAAAAUUCACAUUCAAUUUCACAGAUAUCUCACGGCAACAUCCCCUGUGCCCUGCUUUUUGUUUUCUAAUUAUUAUUAUUAUUGUUGUUAUUAUUAUUAUUAUUAUUAUUAUUAUUAUUAUUAUUAUUUGGCUCUGGAGCUCAUCAGAGUAAUAAAGAAGGUAUAAUCCCAUACCUAUAGAAGGAGAUUAUUUUUGUACUGUGGAUUGUGUUGCUGGUUACAGUAACUGCAGUAAGGAGGCAGGAAAAUCUUCUGAACAGAUGCUAGAGGCUUGACAGUAGUUCAAACAAUACUUGUGUUGUCAUAGCCCAUCAAAGCUUUACACACAGACAAAAAGUUUUUCAUCCUCUUUCGCUCAUAGUUCUAACAGGGCUGUCAAACCCCUGGACUAGUUUAGUGAUUUACAUUCAAUAAAGAUGAAUUAACAAGUGCUCCUUUUUUUCCAAUGGAAUGCCACCUCCUUUUGGAAUGGGAAAAGUAAACAUGAGACUGUUUAUUGUUGUCUGAGAACUUGAAAUGUUUUAUACUGCAAGCUGUGAAUGCAGGAAGAGAAGGGAAAUUUAACAGUGCUGAUCUAAUCUUAGAUUUUCUGUGUAAACUGACAUUGUGCCAGAAUACUGAUGCAAAACUGUAUUUUAGUCUAAGAAAUGUAUAGAUUUUUUAAUGUAUCAAAAUAAAGUUUGUUUUUGGUUAAAUAAGAAA